AUGAUCGCUCAACGGCUCGGCCUCGCUGCCAUGCGCAGCGCGACUAAGCCCAGUGCUUUCUUCAGCCAGAACAUUCCUUGCAUGGUUCUCGCCUCUGCCAUGUCGACUUCACAGGCCCGACCCAUCUCGACUCAGAAGCUCACCCCUGAAGAGGGCCAGCAGAUCCUCGUCAAGCAGCGUCUCGACCGCCCCGUCUCUCCCAACCUGGGCAUCUACAAGAUGGAACAGACCUGGUUCGGCGCCUCCGCUUGGACUCGUAUCACCGGCUGCGCGCUCUCCGGCGCCGCCUACGUCUACUUCACCGCCUACCUCGCUUCUCCUCUUCUGGGCUUCCACGUCGAGAGCGCUGCGCUGGCUUCCGGCUUCGCUGCUCUGCCUUUCGUCGUCAAGGGCGCUAUCAAGUUCGCCUUGGCUUUCCCUUUCACCUUCCACUUCAUCAACGGCAUCAAGCAUCUGGUAUACGACCUGGGUAUUGGAUUUGCCAAGAGACAGAUUACGAGGGGAGAGACUGCUCUGUGGGUGUCAAGUUUCCUUGGCAGUGGCUACUUGGCUUUCGGCUUGUAA